UUCCCAUUCAUCCAACGUGAAAAGGUAGAAAAAUACCACGAUAAGUUAAAUUAAGUUUUAACAGAUUUUGUCACAAAAAAUUUCGUAAAUUCGGCGUAGAGAGAUGGGACAGAAAGAAAAGACUAUCUCCAAUGACUUACUAAAGAUUCCGUUUCUCAAAUACUCCAUAGUAACUGUCAGUUUACCGGGGUUAUCACUUGCUUACUGUUUUUGGUCGGCAUUUCUUUUUACACAUUCUAGUGAAAUCAACGACACAGACUGCAAUGUCACAAACAGUAUACCGUCAGUGAGUGCAGUUACAGGUGUGAAACCUCAAGCAUACGUAUGGAGAAUAUGUAUAGGACUACAUUCAACACCGAGAUUCUUUGUUGGAAUUAUGUAUUACAAUUACUAUAAAAACAGCUUGCCAUUUAUUAAAAAGAAUCUUCAAGGAUUAUAUAAGUUUCUGAUGAAUUUAUGCUUUUGGCUGUACAAUAUAGAGUGUUCAUGUUUAGUGGCUGUCAGCUGCAUCUCAAAUAAGGAAAAUUAUCCUAUUCAUGAAAAGAUCUUUGUUGUGUUUAUGGUGACAUCUAUAGCUUACAUGGUGUUUGGAACAGUAUUGUACAGAUGGUCAAGACACAAAACUAUGACAGACACGGAGAAAAGAUCAUUUUUCUGGAAGAAAGUCAUGUUAGCAUGGAUCAGCCUAUCCACUGUGGGCCUUCUCUACUACUUUGUGCAACACAGAGUGUAUUGUGUACCUGGAGCUUUCAGCAUUUUCUCAGUGUUUGAAUACAUGAUUGCCUAUGCCAACAUGGGGUACCAUGUAACGGGUUACUUAGAGUUCUCUGACAUGACCCUGAUUGCAGCAGACUUACAUCAAGAAACUGUGAAAAAUGGCUCAUCAAAUCAUCAUCGAUAUCCUAUACGUAAUGGCAGAACUAAGAUUAACUAAUUGAUCAAAUUUAUGAUAUAAGUAUGGUGUUAAAAGGCAUUUGAAGAAUAAAGAGGGCUGUUGUAUUUGUCCUGGCAUUGCUGUUAACUGAAUGCCAGACUUCUCAAUUUCAUUUUAUUAGCUCACCUGUCACGAAGUGACAAGGUGAGCUGUUGUGACCGCUUGAUGACCGUCGUCCGUCAUGCAUCAACAAUUUGUAAAAAAAUCUUCUUCUUGGAAACCACUGGGCAGAAUUUCACCAAACUUCACAGGAAUGAUCCUUGGGUGGCUCCCUUUCAAAAUUUUUCGAAGAAUUGAAUUCCAUGCAGAACACUGGUUGCCAUGACAACCAAAAGGAAAAACUUUAAAAAUCUUCUCCUCAAAAACCAGAAGCCCUAGAGCUUAGAUAUUUGGUGUGAAGCAUUGCCUAGUGGACCUCUACCAAGUUUGUUCAAAUCAUGACCCCGAGGUCAAAAUUUACCCCGCCCCAGGGGUCACUUGAUUUUACAUAGGAAAAUCUUAAAAAAUCUUCUUCUCAAAAACCAGAAGCCGUAGAGCUUAGAUAUUUGGUGGGAAGCAUUGCCUAGUGUACCUCUACCAAGUUUGUUCAAAUCAUGACCCCGGGGUCAAAAUUGACCCUGCCCCAGGGGUCACUUGAUUUUACAUAGGAAAAUCUUCAAAAAAUUUCUAAAAAUAAACCAGAAGGCCUAGAGCUUAGAAAUAUCACAUGUAGCAUUGCCUAGUGGACCUCUACGAAAUUUGUUCAAUCAUGACCCCACCCCAGGGGUCACUUGAUUUUACAUAGGAAAAUCUUAAAAAAUCUUCUUCUCAAAAACCAGAAGGCCUAGAGCUUAGAUAUUUGACGUGUAGCAUUGCCUAGUGGACCUCUACUAAAAUUGUUCAAAUCAUGACCCCGGAGUCAAAAUUGACCCCGCCCCAGGGGUCACUUUAUUUUACAUAGGAAAAUCUUCAGAUUUUUUCUAAAAAUAAACCAGAGGGCCUAGAGUUUAGAUAUUUCACAUAUAGCAUUGCCUAAUAGACCUCUACAACAUUUGUUCAGAUCUGACCCCCAGGGUCAAAAUUGACCCCUCCCUAGGGGUCACUUGAUUUUACAUCGGAAAAUCUUCAAAAAUUUUCUAAAAAUAAAACAGAAGGCCUAGAGCUUAGAUAUUUCACUUGUAGCAUCGUCUAGUGGACCUCUACAAAAUUUGUUCAAAUCGUUUCCCCCGGGGUUAAAAUUGACCCCGCCCCAGGGGUCACUUGAUUUUACAUAGGAAAAUCUUAACAAAAAUUUCUAAAAAUAAACCAGAAGGCCUAGGUCUUAGAUAUAUGAUCAUGUAGCAUUGCCCAGUAGACUUCUACAAAAUUUGUUCAAAUCAUGACCCCCGGGGUCAAAUUGACCCCGCCCCAUGGGGUUACUUAAUUGUACAUAGAAAAAUCUUCAAAACUUUCUAAAAAUAAACCUGAAGAGCUUAGAUAUUUGACAUGUAGCAUUGCCUAGUGGACCUCUACAAAUUUUUUUCAAAUCUUGACCCCCCAGGGUCAAAUUGACCCAGCCCUAGGGGUUACUUUAUUUUAUGUUACUAUAAAUAGCUUAUUUAGUAACUUCUUUAUUAUUGGCCGUAGGGAAAAACCGAGACCACUUUUCUGUGGUACAACAUGGAUGGUACCUCCAAUUCUUAGGUGUAUUUUGACAUAUCUGUACCUUUAAGAAAAUUUCAACUAUAUUUACUCAUGAUUCUUUUGAUUGAUCUGAUUUUUAGCUCAUCUGAUUUUUUGAAAAAAAAUGAUGAGUUAUUGUCAUCACUUGAGCGGUUGUCGGCGUCGGCGUCGCCUGGUUAAGUUUUAUGUUUAGGUCAGCUUUUCUCCUAAACUAUCAAAGCUAUUGCUUUGAAACUUUGAAUACUUGUUCACCAUCAUAAGCUGACCCUGUAUAGCAAGAAACAUAACUCCAUCUUGCUUUUUGCAAGAUUUAUGGCCCCUUUUGUACUUAGAAAAUAUCAGAUUUCUUGGUUAAGUUUUAUGUUUAUGUCAACUUUUCUCCUAAACUAUCAAAGCUUUUGCUUUGAAACUUGGAAUACUUGUUCACCAUCAAAAACAGACCCUGUACAUCAAGAAACAUUACUCCAUCUUGCUUUUUGCAAGAAUUAUUGCCCCUUUUGGACUUAGAAAAUCAGUUUUCUUGGUUAAGUUUUAUGUUUAGGUCAGCUUUUAUCCUAAACUAUCAAAGCUAUUCCUUUAAAACUUGCAACACUUGUUCACCAUCAUAAGCUGACCCUGUACAGCAAGAAACAUAACUCCAUCCUGCUUUUUGCAAGAUUUAUGGCCCCUUUUGGACUUAGAAAAUAUCAGAUUUCUUGGUUAAGUUUUAUGUUUAGGUCAACUUUUUC